AUGUCUCGCAUAUUGAAAUUGGGCAUUAUCGGCGCGGGGGAGGUCUUCCAAGUGUGCCAUGGCCCUUGUCUGCUACUUCUAUCCCAUCUAUUCAAGAUCGAGUCGAUCUGUGAUUUGUCGCCAAAGACAGUCGACCAUUGCGCCCAGAAAUUCAAUAUAUCCCACCGCACCACCACGCCGCAGGAAGUCAUCGACAACCCCAACGUCGAUGUGGUCUUCAUCCUCACUUCAGAUGACAGUCACGCCGACCUAGCCUGUGCCGCACUCAAGGCAGGAAAGAACGUCUUCAUCGAGAAGCCGGUGUCUCUCUCCAUUCCCUCGAUAGAGGCGAUCAUCCAAGCCCAAGAGGCGGCCAGCGGCGCUCGGGUUUUCGUCGGAUACAUGCGUCGAUAUGCCGCAAGCUUCUUGAAGUCGUUUAAUCUAGAAGUGGCCUCGAUCCCAAAGAUCCUGUACGCCCGAGUACGUGACUUCAGUGGUCCCAAUUUCAACUUUGUGAGCCAGAGCGGCACAUUCCCGGUCCGUCACAACGAUUAUCCGCAGGCCUCUGCCGAAGAGCGCAACAACCGUCUCGAGACUCUCUUUGCGGAGGCUUUCCCGGACCAGGAAAUCACGGACGACAGGAGAAAGUUCUGUCGCUUCCUUGGUAGCUUAGGUUCGCAUGAUAUUUCUCUCAUGCGCGAGGCGCUCGGGUUCCCGGAGAGGGUUGUCGGUGUCUCCGCCAACGAGCCUUUUUACAGUGCAAUUCUUGAUUAUCGCAACAAGGACGGCUCAAAGUAUUCGGUUACGUAUGAGAGCGGCAUCGACGAGGUGCCUGUCUUUGAUGCCCACCUUGCCGUGUACGGCGAGAAGAAGCGGGUCACCAUCAAGUACCAAAGCCCCUAUGUGAAGGGCCUUCCGAUCUAUGUCGAUGUCGAUGAAGUCAACGAGCAAGGCGAGGUUCAGCACCGAUCCAUGUUGGCCUCGUACGAGGACACCUAUACUACCGAGCUGCAGGAGGUCUAUAAUGCAUUCGCCAACGGAGCAGGGAUCAAGUCGACCGUCGAAGACGCCAAGUACGAUCUCCAGAUUUUUGAUAUGCUGUACAAGCGAUGGAAUGAACAACAGCUGUCCCAGUAG